AUUAAAAUUGAAUCAUACAUAUGGGUAGGCAAUUAAUUUAAUUGAUGAGUGUUGAUGUGAUGUGAGGAAUUUUUGGGUUAAAGAAAUCCAAUAGAAAACUGCCGCCCAAUACAAUACCUCAAAACAAUCGCAAAAACUGUAUAUAAACGCGUCAGACUGCUUUUUUUUCCUUCUUAUUUUCUUUCUCAUCACAAAUAUUCAAUGCUUCAUUUCACGCUUCCCAUGUUUAAGCCCUGAUUUCAUCUUCUUUAAGGCGUGGAAUCAUUUCAAAGAAGACUUUUGGAUUCACUGUCAAUUUGUCAUUGUUAAUAAUCAAAGAUGGCUUUACAUGAACAUUCAGAUGUUGUUCAGUGGGGUAUGAAUCUUUUUGAUGUUGAUCCUCGUUAUAGUCCUGGAUACUAUGGUGACAUAACUCAACAUGAUACUGGUGAUGUCUACAAUGAACACUACUUUCACAGCCAUUAUGAUACAUCUGAAAGUAACCAAGUAGAGAAUGACGAGAUUAUUGCGCGAACUCUUCAAGAAGAGUUUUCACAGCUAGAGAUUGCUGAACAUUCAAGUUAUUCACAGGCAGAUCAAGAACACUUCCAUACUUCUGAGUCUUCAUAUGAUUGGCAUAACACACCGAUGAUGAACUAUUGUUCAGGAGGUCAUGAUUAUGCACAUGAAGGAGUUUGUGACACAGAAACUUCUAGUUCAUGUUGUAGUCCUAGUGAAGUAGAGGGAGUCUCAUCGGAGCUUCUUGACAAUUAUCCAUUUGAUGAUGACAUUGGGAGGCGAUUGAAUGAGAUAACUCCCAUUCCUCACAUUCCAAAAAUCAAUGGAGAAAUUCCUUCUAUUGAUGAAGCAACAUCAGAUCAUGAAAGGCUUCUGGAGAGAUUACAGUUAUAUGACUUCGUGGAGCAUAAAGUACAAGGUGAUGGUAAUUGUCAGUUCCGUGCAUUAUCUGAUCAGUUGUAUAACACACCUGAUCACCACAAGUUUGUGAGACGAAAAGUUGUGAACCAGCUGAAGUCUCAUCCAGAUAUAUAUGAAGGAUAUGUUCCCAUGGAAUAUAAUGAAUAUUUGGAUAAGAUGUCUAGGAGUGGUGAAUGGGGUGAUCAUGUCACACUUCAAGCCGCGGCAGAUUCGUAUGGUGUGAGGAUAUUUGUGAUGACUUCUUUUAAGGACACUUGUUGCAUUGAAAUUCUUCCUAGUUUUGAGAAACCAAAAGGAGUGAUUUUCAUAAGUUUUUGGGCAGAGGUGCAUUACAACUCCAUCUAUCCUCAAGGAGAUAUAACUUCAAGUGAGUCAAGAAAGAAGAAAAGAUGGUGGAGCUUUGAGAGCAAGCAUUAAGUAUGGUUGGCUUAGAGAACACCAAUUUUCAUUCUGCUCAUGGCCUAAACUUUUGGUGCCCCUGCAUUUUGGACCAUUGGAUUCUAUAUCCAAAUUCAUCCAAGAGUCAGCCCUCAUACAAUAAGAAUUCUAUAUCCAAAAUUUGACCAUGAGUCAUUUGAUUUUUCUUUUUAUUAAAUAUAAAUCUGGGUAUGCUUUCCCAGCUGCUAAAUCCCAGAUCAUUUUGGAUGUUUUCUGAGAGAAGUCAGUUUAUAUACAUAAAGGGUUAAAGUGUAUCAGGUAAUCUACAUUAUUUUAGUGUGCAAGGAUAUUUUUUUCUUUCAUAGAUUUAAAUAUGUUGUAAUGAUUUUUUUUUUAAACAUGUAUAAAACAAAGUAGUAUUCCAAUCAA